UGCUACUGUAUCAAGAAAAAGUUUUUUUUUUUUUCGUUCAAUUUUCGGCCUGAAAAAUUGAAUCGCGAAGUUGUUCAAGAACUAGAUUUCAGAGAAAACUUGAAAAGAAUGAAUUUGGGCAAGAGUUUAAAGAACGCGAUAAAGAAUUAGGGUUUAAAGUGUUAAUUUUUUGCGCCUUGGAGAAAAUAAAAACGAUUAUUCUAAUGAAUCAGAAACGCACAUACCUGGAAAUCUGAUAAAUUUCGUAAUGAUCGGAGAAUUACAGCGUCGAUAACUUGUUUUCUGACCCGUAUACGUACAAGAAGAUCAAGUAAUAUGUAUCUUUAUUCAGUUCCUUGAAUUUUUCGUGCUUAGAAAUUAUCGAAAUUUUAUAUUGCCACUGCUCCUCUGUUCUGUAAUUCUAGCUUCAACGGAAGAGCUGAGAUCAGAGGCUUUUGAUUGAAAAAAGAAUUUUCGUGAAAACUUUUAAUUGUUUUCUAAAAAUUGGAAAAAUUGAAGAUCAUUUCAUCGUUUUUUGAACAAACACCAUCUUAAUACUAGUUAGAAAUGUGUUGGUGAGAUAAGUUUAGAGAUUGAAUGUUGAACGAACUAUAGGAUGAUUCUUGGUUUUCUAUUGGAGUUUUUGGGGAAAUUUAUUUGUUUAUUUCGUGUGAUUGUUUGAGUUUAUUUGAUAGAUUCAUCACGAAGGAUUGAGAUGUGUUUUCUUCAAUAUAUAGUCUUGAUCUUUACUCUCCUAACUCUCUUUAAAUUUGUUUGGGAUGUACAAACAGAAGAGCCCUUAUAGUUUCUGAAUUGUCUCCUUGUGACUGUAAAAGAGUCAGCCAGAAAUAAAGACGGUUAAUCCUUUCUCUGCGUUCAAAUAUGUAACUCUGUGAUGUAUGUUUCUUCUAAGUGUAUGUCUUUAAUAUAGAUAGACAUUCGUAGAUUCUUAUUAUCUACAGAUGUAUCAAGUAUUGUUAUGACAUUAGUUAUCUAUUCAUAUAGAAAUGAGUCGUGAAGGUCUAAUUUUGCUGACAGAUAAUCAGAAGAUUUUCGAAGUAGUUGCAUGAAGCUUACUUGACAUUUGAGGAGGAGGGGACUUAGAUCUGGUUCCUGAUGAGACUUGUGCUGAUAAACUAUUGCUCUUUGUUGAAUAAUCUUUACUAUUACGCAACUCUGCUUUCCGUUUGUGUCCAGUCUUACUCGUUCAUCUGUUUAACUUCUCAUUUUUGGCAUGUACAGAAGGGCUGCUAAAGGAUCUUUUAGUGCUGUCAAACGGGGAACUUGGAUAACCCUUUCAGUCGACCAAAGCUUUCCAUUCACGCUUGAUUCUGCUGCACAAGUAUGACGAAAGCAAAAGAACUACCGGAUACAUCCCUGACCAGUGAGAAGAAAAAAGAAUGGUGUGAAUUCAUCUAUGAAGAUAGCGAGAAAUUGGUAAUCCCAGUAGGACCCAGGUUUCAGGCUGUUGUGCCAGAUUGGGCCAACUCUCCGAAUGUGGGAACUCCAGUUGUAGUAGCAGAUACAGAUAAUGCAUUAAGAGCAACAAAGAAGGAAAUUGUAUGCAAGUAUAAAGAGGAGGAAUCUGAUACCUCAAAAUGGCUUGGCACACGGGUAUGGCCAAGAGCCAACAACCUAGAAAACAAGGAAGAUAAUGAGGAGUUGGUUGGGAAAGGGCGAAACGAACAUUGUACUUGUAGGUCCCCUGGAUCAGUCGAAUGUGUUAAAAGACACGUUAAAGAAGAAGGAUUGAAGUUGUGGUUAGAACUGUUGACAGCCUUUACUGCCUGGAAAUUUGGUGAGAUGGGCGAAGAAGUUUCCAAUGUGUGGAAUCUUAAGGAACAAAAAAGGUUCAGCUCCAUCAUUAAGAAGUGUCUGUCUAAAGGUGAAAGCUUUAUGAGACCAGCAUUAGAAUCUAUUCCUUCAAAGAAUAGGCAAAGCAUCAUCAAGUAUUACUUCAAUGUUCACAUUCCUCGGCGUAUCAGGUCAAAUAGUAAAACUAACACCGAUGAUGAAGAGGAGGAAGACGAAGAAGAGGAGGUCACUGCUCCCAAACAUUCUCGUAAAAGGAAAGGUGCCUGUUCUACUUCUAAAUCUCUGAAGAGAAAGUACCUAAGUGGUCGACGAUGACACCAGAAGUAUCAAUGCACAUUCUUUUUUAGUUGACAGACAAAUGGAGUUAACAAUUUGUACAUUGGUUUUAAAGCCAAGAAAAGGAGAAUUUUUUUUGGAUAUUGAUGCAAUCAAUGUAUUGAGAUCUGAUAGUAUAGCACAACAAAACUAUACAAUUUGAGAGGAUAUUGCUUCUUCUAAUAUUUUGUGAUUGCCUUAUUUA